CCAUCAUCGAUCUCUGCCGCCGCCCUCUCCACCAACCAAAGCAGUUCGUUCGUCCAGCGCCAUGGCCGCCCGCAAGCGACCUGCUGCCGUCCUCGACGCCGGCCAUGGGCACGGCCACGCGGCGGCUCAACAUCAACAAUCGCCGACGUGCUGCAAGAGGAGCCGCGCCUCCAUCGGGACCACCGACGACUACGAGAAGGUGGCCUGCCUAGGCGAGGGCGGCUUCGGCGUCGUCCACAGGAUGCGCCACCGCGUCACCAAAAAGGACGUGGCCGUCAAGUUCCUCUCCUCGCCGGACGACACCGAGGAGCCCCCGGACGUCCAAGAUCUUGAGCGGGAGGCACGAUUCCUCGAGGCCUGCGACGGAAACCCUUACGUUGUCGGCUUCGAGGGCAUGGUGUGCGACCCGGCCACCGGCGACACCGCCGGCCUCGUCAUGGAGUACGUCGCGGCGUCGAGCCUCCAGUCUUUAUUGUGGGAGAGGCGCGACGGCCCGCCGCUCCCGGAAUCCACGGUGCGCGGCUUCAUGUGGAAGCUCCUGACCGGUGCACAAAAGAUGCACGAGCACGACCGCCACAUCGUCCACCGUGACAUCAAGCCAGCCAAUAUCCUCGUCGGGAGAAACGGGGAGCUCCUCAAGAUUUGCGACCUCGGGCUGGCCAUGUCCAUGUCCGACUGGCCGCCGUACAACCAGGUCGGCACGGCGCCCUACAUGGCGCCGGAGAUGAUCCUGGGCAAGCAGGACUACGACGCGCAAGUGGACACGUGGUCCAUCGGCUGCGUCUUUGCCGAACUGCUCACCGGCACGACGCUGUUCAUGGUCGACCCGGAAGACGAGGAGGAAGACGAGACAAAGAAUGACGUAAAGCAGCUAGGGAGCAUCUUCCGAGUGCUCGGGGUGCCGGACGAGAGGACGUGGCCAGGCUUCACGUCGCUGCCACUGGCUAAGAAGGCGCCGCAGCUGCUACAGGCGGGGCACAACAAGCACAGCCGGCUGCGGGAUUUGUUCCCUCAAGAGAAGCUUUCAGUGGAAGGAUUCCAGGUGUUGCAAAGGCUCCUCAGGUGCAACCCCGACGAGCGACUGACGGCAGCCGCCGCGCUGAAGCACCCAUGGUUCGCUGCUCCUCGCUCCGCCGCCCCCGCCGUUGAGAAGGUCGAUGCUCUGUCGUUUCAGAAAAAGAAGACACCAAGGAUCAAGUUCAUCCCGCCGGUGAUGCCCCAGAAGAAUCUACUCAAAAUCCCACUCGCCGUGUGGAAGAGCCAUCUAUGUAAAUGCUAGCAUAAACUCUCUUGAUGUAAUUGUGCUUGGAUGAGCCAUCAACAAUCAUGAGCCAUUAGUGCUGAUCCAUCAAGUAGAAGUUGAUCCUUAGCAGUUAGCACCUUGAUCGCCGGAUCGCCCAUUUGUGUUGGCCUGGUUCCCUGAAUUCUAUGUGUCAUUGUGCACGUGUUCAGAGAAUCAGAGACGUGUAACUGUAAGGUUGUGUUCAGAGAUU